GUAAUGUAAUCCAUUCAAACACCUAAAGUCCUAAACAGAGUAAAUAUCAUUCAAACAUCUAAAUCCCCAAAACAGUGAUUCCCCAAAUCACUGUAAACCUUCUCUCUCUCUACACCUUCUCUCUCGUUCUCUCUAAACAGUGAUUCCCCUAAAUUACUGUAAUGUAAGACAUUUAUAUCCGUUAAUGAUUCUCCCAAAUCCUUUAACUUUUAUUUAAGGAGAUCAGAUAAUAACUUGUUUAAGGUAGCCAAGGAAUCUAAAACAACUGGUAAAGCUAUUGGGAUCGACAUCGAUAAAGUUGUAUUUGAUAGAUAUAGCUCUUGUCAGUUAACUUUAUCCUUUCUUUUGAGCUGCUUUCUUUUUUAAAGAUGAACAUCAAGUGAUAAAAUCUAUUAGGUUGAAAGUUCAGGAUAUCCAUAACUUGGAGAAUGAAUCGCGCAUAAUUAUAGAAUGUGAUGAGUUUGCUCAACCUAUUGGAAAAUCAGCCUGCAUUCUUGCAGGAUUUUGGGGGGGACUUGCUACAAUCCUCGCUACUUUCUAAUUGGCUUUGAGAGUUGGGAAUUAAUGCCUAAACCUUUUGUGCACCGUGUUGUUAAUGAUUUUGUAUUGUCUCGAUUUUUCUUUAGGAGUGAUCAUCAAAAGGUAAAAGGUUGGCUUAACAAUUCGCUUAACAAAAAGUGGAAGGAAUUCAGGCUUAAACUAUGGCAUGAGGCCGAGGAUCCAUUAUUGAGCAAAGAAGAUAUCAUUAAGAAUGCUCCAGAAGGCAUUCCCAUGGACCAAUGGGCAUUGUAUGUUAACUACCGGUUCAAAGGGGAAACAAAGAAAUUCUCCUAUUUUGACUCGUGGGCGCUUUGCUUGAGAAAUCAACGGAUUCGAGGACAACUAACACUUCCUCAUACUAGUGGUGCUAUGAGUCUGGCUAGAAGAAGGGAUUUGAUGAAGAAAAUGGGAAAAGAAGUUGAUCGAGGCAAAGUGUGGACCGAGACUCAUAAGAGGAAAGAUGGGAGUUAUGUAAAUGAUCAAGCUAGGGAGAUUGGGAUAAAUGUUAUUUAUGAAAUCUAAAAUCAUAAUACUAAUUCUCAAAUUCAAAAAUGUGCUUAAUAAAACCUACUCCUUCCGUUUCAAUUUAUGUGAACUCAUAUGACUGGGCACGGAGUUUAAGGAAAGAGAGAAGACUUUUGA